AUGAUUGUUUUACGUGUUACGAGUUUGCUUCUGUGCACACUCGCUAUAUCAGCAGAACUUCCACAUCCACUUUCCGAUGAAUUCAUCGACUUGAUAAAUGUACAACAGAACACGUGGGAAGCUGGUCGAAACUUUCCGUUAAAUACGCCAUUCCAACACAUCAAGAAACUAAUGGGUGCAUUGAAGGAUGACCACUUUUACACGCUUUCUUCGAAAACACAUGAAGCCGAAUUAAUAGCGAGUCUGCCGGAGAACUUUGACCCGAGAGACAAAUGGCCUAAUUGUCCUACAUUAAACGAAAUUAGAGAUCAGGGCUCCUGCGGAAGCUGUUGGGCAUUUGGAGCUGUUGAAGCAAUGACGGACCGCGUAUGUACAUACUCAAAUGGUACAAAACAUUUUCAUUUUUCGUCCGAAGAUCUUUUAAGUUGCUGUCCUAUUUGCGGUCUUGGUUGUAACGGAGGAAUGCCUACGCUGGCAUGGGAAUACUGGAAGCAUUUCGGUCUCGUUUCUGGAGGCAGCUAUAAUUCUAGUCAGGGUUGUAAGCCAUACGAAAUUCCACCCUGCGAACAUCACGUGCCUGGAAACAGAAUGCCGUGUAGUGGUGACACUAAAACCCCAAAAUGUAUCAAACAAUGCGAUUCCAGUUAUAAUGUUCCCUAUAAGCAAGAUAAACAUUAUGGUAAACAUGUUUACUCAGUGAGAGGAGGUGAGGAUCAUAUCAAAGCCGAAUUAUUUAAGAAUGGACCUGUAGAAGGUGCUUUUACUGUAUACUCGGAUUUGCUUGCGUACAAAAGCGGUGUAUACAAACAUGUUGCUGGCGAUGCCCUCGGAGGACAUGCAAUCAAAAUAAUAGGAUGGGGUGUUGAAAACGGCAAUAAGUACUGGCUCAUUGCCAACUCAUGGAACAGUGACUGGGGUGACAAUGGUUUCUUCAAGAUUCUUAGAGGUGAGGACCACUGCGGCAUUGAGAGUUCCAUUGUGGCUGGAGAACCUUUGUUUAACUAA